AUGCGGUUAACAGGUCUUAAGGUCAUUGCUUCACUCAUGGGAUGUGCCCAUCUGUUGCUGAACCAUGGUGGCAGUGCCUACAUGGCUUGGGCUGACAUUGCAGUGCUCCACCCAAGGGUGAUGCCAUGCCAGCCCCUUCAAUGUGGAUGGGAUGAGUAUUUUUUCAUUUGCGACAUGACAAUGAAGAAAGAAGCAAGCUCAACACCCUGUGCAUCUUCUAAAUGA